UCAGGGAAUUUUAAGCAAUAAUGAUGCUGAUACAAUGCAGCGGGGAGAGGGUGCAAUGGGGCAGAGUGCUGCAUGGAGGGGAUGGUGGUGACAGAGGGACAGCCACCACCUGCUGCUGCCCCACUGCUGGAGAUGCUCUGUACCCUUGGGCUCAGUGUCUGGGAGCUCUCGCUGUGGCAAUAAAGGCCCUUCCCCAGCAGCUGUGUACCACAAGAGCCAAUGGCUGCCUGGCCCCACGCAUUACCCUGAGCAGUUGCUGCCUUAAUUCCCCUCCUGCUAAUCCCAGCUUUGCUGCCAGCCAUGGCUGCACACACACUGCUGCCCCACAACCUGCGCCGGGGUCUGACGGCCUUCAGUGGUGCCCUCUUCACCACCAACAAGACAUGGGACAGCAGCACUGCUCACCUCUACCAUCCAGGUACCCCGGGGAGUUUGACUCCUGCAUCCACGCUGUGGGCAGCCACGGGUACCCUCACCCCCAGCAAUGGCUGGCAGCGAACAUCAGUGCUGUUGCACUGGGGCUGGGAUGCAGGGGGGGGAUGAUGGGGGUACUGGGGAUCCUCCCCAGCCCUGCUUUUCUCUGCCCAGUGCAUGAGGUGCUGGCCAGCCUGCCCCUCCAGGUGAUGCUCUACUUCAACGUCUGCUACUUCCCCUGCUGGUGCCUGGCUGAGGGCAUGAUGCUACAGCUGAAGUACAACCUGCUGCCCCGCUACUACCAGCUCCUCCUGCUCGCUGCCUUCCUUAUCCUCACACUGGCUGAAGGAGCCCGGCUCUACUUGGGCUACAUUGGGAACCUGCAGGAGAAGGUGCCUGAGCUUGCUGGCUUCCUUCUUCUCUCCAUCCUGAUCCAGCUGCCCCUCCUGCUGUUCCUGCUCACGGACCACCUCACCAUCCGCCUGCCGCUGGAGCUGGCCGUGCACAGCCUUCUCCUGGCCUUCCUCAUCUGUGAGGUGGUGGCUGGUUUCCAGGCACUGCGGGCAAUGAGCAGGCAGCUGGCAGCUCAGUUCUACCUGCGGCAGUUCAAGGUGGGCAGCCAGGGUGAUGCUGCAGGACACAAUCCACCCUACUGAGCCCAACAACAUUAAACAGCACCGGACUCAAAUGUGCUUCUGAGCACUCAUUUCUGAGCCAGGCAGCUCUGGGGCUCGUGGGGUUCCCUGAGCUCUGCCACCAAGAAAAGGGUACGUGUCCAUGUUGAUUCCUUGUAGGGCAGAGU